AUGUCUUGGGAGCGUUUGGCUUGGACUAUUGAUCUGUUCAUCAAUCUCAGGGGAAUAGGCUGGAACUAUCGUUGGGGGAGUUACCGCGUUCCCAGCGAUGUCGAAGAGCCGCCAAUGAGCACGAGCAAAGAACGACUUUCAGGUCGCUCUUAUCAACCUAUUGUCGCGAACUUAAUUAUGCGCUUUAUUGGACAAGUCGGUUGGUCUCAGUUGACGGGUAAUACUGGCAGCAAUUAUAACUUUGCUGUUGGCUUGCUCUCCCUUCUGGUAUCCUUGAUUACUAUUGUCGUCAACAUCGAUCUACUCAACACGACAUCUACAUUGAUCGUAACAGCGUUUGAUACAUCGCGCUUUCUUGGGCUAUAUGCCUUUCCAUGGGCUCAUCCCAGCCCCUGGGGCUCGCUGAAUGCAGUAGCUAGGAAGGGAAUACUCGGUAACUAUCCCAGACCAACACAAAUAUCGUCGUAA